UUUUUUUGUUUUUUUUGGUUCAUCAUUAGCGGCCGGGGCCGGGUCCGCGAAGCAGCCCGGCCAUAUGCCGUCCGGGCAUGUAGGGACGUGCCGAGCAACCUACACUAGCAAAACGCGCCUUUAACGGGCCCUGGGAAUACCUCCGGCCACGUAUAUAUAGUAGAGUUGGUUGCCUUUUAUAUCGGCUGGCACCCAACACAGAUGGCCAAGUACGGCAACACUCUGAAGCGCCUACUCAAGGGAGAUGCCCAGUUCGAACUAGCUUUCGAACUGCCGCCCUCUAAGAAGAGCAGGGACUUCAAAGUCUGGAAAGCCCGCCAGAUCUCCGCGGAACCAUGCAAGGAGACUCGCUGCGACUUUGCCAUGAGGAUCCGCCGUCCUCGACGCGGUGAGCGAGGGGAAAACAUGCGCAACGUCGAUCUCGGCUGGAAAGUGUCCGUGACGUACAGCAAGGUCAACAAGUCGUAGGGCGACUUCUACCUCACGUUCGACGAUGGCAAAGAUGUUGCGGAAGCCCGUGUCAACGGCGACCCUAUGGGAACAUCAUUUGGAAGGCGACGAUGCCGAUAAGGCGCGCGAAAAGAUGCUCGACAAUCUCUGUAAGGCCGAUCUGUUUGCGGGGUCGGGGUUUAGCACCUUGCUGUUCCCACCACCCCGGCCAGGUGCCCAGGGCGAUAGCGUCGGGGCCAUGAUAGAGAAAAUGGCGGCCAUGGAGCCCUCCCGCAAACUUCGGCGGGUCGACUUCACGCCCGGCACAGACCAGCUCCAGGAAAUCCUCAUAGAGGGCAUCGGCGCCGCCACGUUGGGUCGCUUCCGCCAGUACCUGGACGUCAGCCGCCUCGGCGUCAUUCCUAUCGUCGGGUUCGCUGGCUCAGGCAGGCCGAUGCCGUCUGCACCACCCCUCACCUCGCCAGCCAGCAGCCCUAUAGCCGAUGGAAUGGCGAACUUGCUAAAUCCAUUGUCCUCGACGAGGCGUGAGCCAUGUACCAAGCCGACGCCCUUCUGGUCUGGGGCAGGGGGUGCCGCCCUUGUAUACUGGCCGGUGACGAGAGGCAGCUGCCGCCGACGGUCAUGUCACAUAACGAGAAGCGACACUGUCGCUGCAUCAACUUGUUCUCGAACCAGAGCAGAGUCUCGGUACUCGAGAAGCUCCGCCGGAGCAGCUGGCCGUGCUUCGUCCUUGGCGGCGGAGGAGGAGGUGGAGGAGGACGUAGUAGAGGAGGACGCGGUACAGGAGGACGUGGUGGUGGUGGUAGUGGUAGUGGUGGUGGCACACGUGGUAGUAGUCGGUGGUUGCCGUGGCCGUCGCGGCGGCGGUAACUUGAGUUGGUGAUGCAGGUAUUUUGCACUGCUAGUGUUUGCAAAAGG